AUGCCCUCACCUUUGACUGUGACCUUUGUACAGGCAACUCUCCUUAAUGCCAUCUCGAACGUCCUGGCCCAGCUGAUCGACCAGCGCCACAGCAAAGCACCCUUUCAUCUCAACGCACUCGCAUUCAUUCAAUUUAUCACUUAUGGCCUAAUCAUUGUGCCUCCUAAUUUUUACUGGCAACGCGCCCUGGAAGCGCGGUACCCAGGCUUCCCGACACGCGCCGAGUUCACUAGCGCAGUCCGCUCUCUUUCAUGGAAAGCCAUCUUCUCGCCUCGAGCAUGGCUCACUCUUUUCACCGGCUCAAGUAAGGACGAAAUACUCCCGAGUCACGAUAAAGAGAAAGAGAAACAUGUCCGAUGGGCACCGCGCGUCCAGAAUUCGGGACUCCGCAAUUUCAUCAUGAAGUUCUUCUUCGACCAGACCGUUGCAUCGGUUACGAAUCUUGUUUUAUUUGUUGUUUUGAUCAAUCUUCUCAAGGGGAGGCGUUGCCCAGAAUAUGGGAGUUGGUCAUCGAGGAUUUCCGACCUAUCAUGA